AACACGCAGUUCAAGGUUGACGAAGGCGUUCACUCAGCGCCAUGAGGGUAAGUCAUCUAUGCCAGUGUUCGUGGCGACAGAUGUGUCGGGCCCCGGCGCUCCCUUCAUCUCCAACCUCACUUGCCAGGCGGACGCCACGCUAUACUUGCAGUGGCUCCGCCCUGAGGAGCUGUACGGCACCGUCGACCUCUACUACAUCUACUACCGACCCGAGGACUCCUUUGAGUUUGAGGAGAUCGCUGUCAACUCCGUCAACAAUCGCUUACAACACAACUUCCUUCUGACCAACUUGAGUUACAACGUUAUGUACGAGGUGAAGGUUCGUGGCGGCACGUACUCGCGUUUCUUUUCCGAAAAUAACAAGACGUACAAGGGAGCCUUUUCACACCCCCGCAAGAUCCUCCUCUACCCUGACUGUCACAAGAUGCCUAACCCAGAAACUGGACCGGUCUUUGAGAUGAGUGCCGGCAUCAUCGCUGGCAUCAUAUGUGCCACCUUCGCCAUCUUCCUGCUGGUCAUUGCUAUGAUCAUCUGGCGGAGAUUCUUCCAGGGAGCUUAUUAUUACCUUGAUGAUCCCCCCAAAGCUCCUCCAGUCCUCAUGCAUGACUGGGAGAAUGACACAGGUGGUGAAGGCUCGUAUGGACCCAUUGAUGUACAUGACUUUGCCAAGCAUGUAGCAGACCUACAUGCUGAUGGAGACAUUGCAUUUUCCAAAGAAUAUGAGGCAAUACAGGCAGCCUCUGCCCAGGAGCAUCACCCAGCAGAACACUCUCAGCACCCGGACAAUAAACAGAAGAAUCGUUACCUCAACAUAGUGGCCUAUGAUCACACUAGAGUCCCUCUUCGACCCCUCCCUGGACAGAAGAAAGCCAUCGAGUAUGUUAAUGCAAAUUAUAUUGAUGGUUAUGACAAAGCUCGGGCAUACAUCGGAACCCAAGGUCCCUUACCGUCCACCUUUGACACUUUUUGGCGCAUGGUGUGGGAGCAGAGGGUCCACAUUAUUGUCAUGAUCACCAACCUAGUGGAGAGAGGACGAGAAACUGUUAAAAAACAGCCAAAGCUAGCUACCCAAUGCCUAGAGAAAAAGUGUGACCAGUACUGGCCCAAGGAAGGAAGUGAAAUAUACGGGUUGAUUCAAGUUCGCUUGGUUCAUGAAGAAGUGCUUGCUACUUACACCAUCAGAAAAUUUGCUAUUAGACAUAUGAAGGUGGUGAACGCAUCAUAUAUCAGUAUCACUACACCAAUUGGCCUGACCACGGAACCCCAGGACAUCCUCUGCCAGUCUUGUCAUUUGUACGCAAGUCUGCUGCAGCCAACCCAGAAGAUGCAGGUCCUAUAAUAGUCCAUUGCAGUGCUGGAGUUGGGAGGACAGGCACAUAUAUUGUGCUAGACGCUAUGCUGCAGCAGAUUCGUGCAAAAGGUCGUCUAAACAUCUGGGGUUUCCUCAAACACAUCCGCACUCAGCGGAAUUUUCUCGUGCAGACGGAGGAGCAGUACAUCUUCAUCCACGAUGCCCUCUUGGAAGCUAUUCAGAGUGGGGACACAAACAUCCCACGGGCCGGGCUCAGUCGGUACAUCCGCAUGCUACAAGCUUCAGGAGGUUCACAGGAGAAACCACAGCCUUGGUAUCUUCUAUGUCAUCAAUUUAAGCUGGUGACACAUUUUCAACCACGUGACUUCAAUGUGGUUAGUGCCGUUAAACCUGUUAAUAGGGAGAAGAACCGCAGCACAGACCACUUACCAAUGGAAAAUGGCCGUGUGCAUCUAACUCCCAAGCCUGGCGUAGAUGGCUCGGAUUACAUCAACGCUACCUGGCUCAUGGGUCACCAAAGACUACGAGAGUUUGUUCUCACCCAGCACCCACUUCCAUCUACUAUACUUGACUUCUGGCAGAUGGUCUGGGAUCAUAAUGCUCAGACAGUUGUGGUUCUUACAUCUGUAGAUGAGAGUCAAGGGUUCCCACAGUUUUGGCCAGCACAACAUGAUGACUUUGACUCAGAACAUUGGAAGGUACGUUAUCUAGAAGAGAAACUGAACUCGGGGCUUGUGACAGUGGAUGUUGCAGUACAGAGCUUACAAGAUGACUAUGAACUGCCAGUCAGAUUGAUCCAUGCACCUGGUUGGCCACAAACUCUUCCUGCCCUGGCCACUACACUUAGUCUUGUCUCCUUAGUCUCUGAGGCCCACACAAACUAUCAAAAUGGACCCUUAAUAGUUGUUGAUAGGUAAGGUACAAUAUUUUUCUUCAAA